GCGCGUGCGCUGUCUGUUCCGCGAGCUGGGUCUCUAGGCUGGCGCGCACGUACCAUGUGUGUUUAGCGCUUAGGAGGCGGCGGGCUCUGGUUUGCCGGAUCUGUCUCCGCCCCCCUCGAAGAGCUGCGCGGUUGGAGCGGCCAGGGGUGGGCUCCCGGCCAUUACGGGUCCGGGGGUAGUGAAGCCCGGGCUAUGACCUGCUACCCGGGCUUCCUGUGCGGCUGCCGCUGCGCAGCCAGCCGGGCGGCCGCCCUGCGCUCCCUGCUGAAAUACCAAGCAGCGCCUGCAGCUUCGUCUCUCCUGGCCGGGCUGCCGCUGCCCGGCGGGCUUCAGCGGCGCCUCCUCACGUGCAGCCGGCUGAGCCGGGCCGAGUCCUUGCUCCCCUCCUUCGCCGCUGCCGGGUUCCCACCCCAGGGGCUCCUCCAGCAAGAGCGCUCAGGCUCGCCUGCACCCGGACCCUUCGCGCUGGGCCCGAAGAACUCUUCUGGGUUCGCCCUGUCGUGGCUGGAUCAGCGGCGGGGGAGGAGCGCGGGGCUCGCUUGUGGCGGGGGGUUCCGCCCCUCCCGGGUCGUGGUGGUGGCCAAGACCACCAGAUACGAGUUCGAGCAGCAGCGCUACCGCUACGCGGGGCUCUCGGAGGAAGAUCUCAAACAGCUGCUUGCAUUGAAGGGAUCUAACUACAGUGGACUACUGGAGCGACAUCAUAUUCAUACAAAAAAUGUGGAGCAUGUUGUAGACAGUUUACGGAAUGAGCAGAUCGAGGUCCGUCUUGUUAAACGCCGAGAAUAUGAUGAAGACACAGUUCAAUGGGCAGAUGCUGUUAUAUCAGCAGGAGGUGAUGGCACAAUGUUGCUGGCAGCUAGUAAAGUCUUCGACAGAUUUAAACCAGUUAUUGGAGUAAAUACUGAUCCAGAAAGAUCUGAGGGCCAUUUGUGUUUGCCUGUACGAUAUACACACUCCUUUCCAGAAGCAUUACAGAAGUUUUAUCGUGGUGAGUUCAGGUGGCAGUGGCGGCAACGAAUUCGGAUGUAUCUUGAAGGAACUGGUAUUAACCCUACCCCUGUAGAUUUGCAUGAACAGCAGUUAAGCCAGGAGCAGCACAGCAGGGCCCUCGUUAAUGGAAGAUUUCAUGAUCAAAAAUCUGAAGUUUCUGGACCACAUCUUUUGCCAGUGAGAGCACUAAAUGAAGUCUUCAUUGGAGAGUCUCUCUCAUCCAGGGUGAACUAUAAGUCCUGCAAACCCAGUUUUAAAUUCUCGCUUCAUAGGGCCUCCUACUAUGAGGUAUCAGUUGAUGAUGGUCCAUGGGAAAAGCAGAAGAGUUCAGGGCUCAAUGUAUGCACUGGAACAGGAUCAAAAGCCUGGUCCUAUAAUAUUAACAAGGUGGCUACCCAGGCUGUUGAAGAGAUCCUUAAGAUUGCUAAAAAGCAUGAGAGCUUGAAUCUUCCUUUGAGCAGGGAACUAAUACAGAAAGUAACAAAUGAAUAUAAUGACUCCCUGCUGUAUAGUCCAGAAGAACCAAAGAUGUUUUUCAGUAUUCGAGAGCCUAUUGCAAACCGGGUUUUUUCAAGUAGUCUGCAGCGUGGGUUCUUUUCAAAGGUUUGUGUCCGAUCACGUUGUUGGGAUGCCUGUAUGGUGGUAGAUGGAGGAACUUCUUUUGAGUUUAAUGAUGGGGCAAUAGCUUCAAUAUUGAUCAAUACAGAAGAUGCAUUGCGCACUGUUUUGCUAGAAGAAUGAAGAAAUGUCAUACAUUCUGUUGGAAAUCCUACUAAAUCCUGCACCCAGAGAAGGGACUCACUGCAGAGAUAGACAGUAUAUCAGAAUGCUGCAUUAUUUUGUGUUGGAAAAUUUGCUUCUCUUGAUGCAAGAAUAUUGAGAAAAGUGACCUGAAAUAAUUUCCCAUCCCUGGGAUGGGGAAGUCUUGGAAAAAACUGUUUUUUGAGCUUUAUUGCACCUGACACAAAGGAAGUGUAUCCAACUUCAGUGAAAUGUGAUUUUUUUUAACCUUUUAAGAUGAAUGUGACAGAACACUUUUUUUAAAAAUUAGGUAGAUGGGUUCAAAUGAAAUAAAGUGGUUAGCCUUGAAUAUUCAACUGUACAGGUUUUUAAUAGCAGUCUGGAACUGAAUGAACCAAACACCUCAACCGUUCAUACAUAUUAUACUUUUACAGAAAAGUACGCUAAGAUUCAUUGAGUUGAUGCAAGCAUAAAGAAUAGACUUUGGAAAAUAAAUGCUGAUGUUGGCCUAACUGAAAUGGAGAUUUUUUUUUUGUACCCUCUUCAAAAUUUUAUAACACUACUUUGUGGUAUGGUUUGUGGUAGAUCUUUCAGCUCUUCCAGUGAUUUUUCUACUCUUUUGGUAUUUACUUCAAGACUUUUUUUUGGAAAGUGUUUGUUCCAGUGACUAAAAAAACUAAUUUAUUUUGAGUGAGGUAACUCUUCCCUGUGUUUCAUCUGAAAUCUAGAUUUUUGUUGUUGUUGCCUGCUAUAAAUCUUUUUUUAAUACAAAUUAUUUUAACUACAAUAAAUUAUGCUGCUUCAAUGAAUACAUUAACUGGCCAGCAAGUGUUCUGUCAAUCAGACAGUUGAAGAGAAUGGUAUAGAAUUAUAUAGUUUAGGUUUUAAAAAGCGGUAUUUGGAGUUAGUAAGUAAAGUGACUUGGUUUUAAAUUGAGUACUUGAUCUGCUUCAUAGCUAUACUUCUGAAAAUGCAGAGAAAUGACAUACCAUUCUUUUUGUAUGCCAAACAUGUAUGGGAGACAUUAGGGUCUAAUGGAAGAGGCACAGGAUUAACCUCUAUACCUGUUUUCCCCAUUUGUAGAAUGGAGAUAGUAUUUUGAAGGGAAAUUAAAUACUUUGAUAUUUAUGCAUAAAGAGCCCUAUAUGAGUGCUAAAUUAUUCUGCUGACACUCUCGACUGACUGACCGAUUUAUUCUUUUGGUCCCAUACACACAACUUCAUUAUGCAGAUAAGUAUUUAAGCACAAUGUGUCUGCAAAAGGGAAAAGCCCAUUGUUAUCCACAGAAACAGUAAACAACUCCAUGAUCAUCUCCGGAAAGGUGGUGUGCUGAGUAGCAUGUGGAUUGCAGGGCAGAACUGGGCAAAUAGCAGUUUGAAUUUUAUGCAUGUGACUUAAUAGCAACAAAAAGGGCUUGUUUCUACUGUAGAAUUAACUUUUAUUUCAGAAGUUACUCUUCAAAUGAUUCUUGUUUGAAGAAAUUUAUACUGCAGAUUUACUCAGAAAUUCUAAUGGCAGUCAAUGUAUUUAUUGUUUACAUUUUGAAAUGAUAAACUCUUACUUUACAGGUGGAGCAAGUAGAUGAAUGAUUUUACCCUUAUUAUCAAAUAAGUAGUUUAAAUAGGCUUAUUUUUUCUGUACUCGGCAUGAAAAGUUAAACUCCAAUUAAAUGUUAAGAGGAUAGCCCUGAGAUGGUUGAACCAAUGAUGCCAUUGUAAUGAGAUCAGUUAUAGUUACAGGUUUAUGUACACUUUAGAUACAACCUUUUCUUUUAAAAAAAAAAAAAAAAAUUGCUGUAGGCUGAAAUGUGGCAUAAAUGUCCACUUGAAAGCUCUUUGGGCUGCAAGUGGGAAGGUGGAGUCAGAAUAGCCCAAUAAGCUCUUUUGAAGCCAUUGAAACUAUUGGGCUUUACUGUUACCAAACUGAUGCUCUUCUACAUGUCUAAUGCAAAAAACCUGCAAAUUUGUUCUAAAACUGAAUGUUAGUACACAUUGUGGAUUAAUCCCUUUUUCAAAAGAGAGAUGUGACUGUGCAGGAACCAGAGUAUUCCAGUAAAUUCAUUGUUAUGUAAAAAAGAAUCCCCCUUUCAACAGUAGUUUCUGCAUUCUGUCAAUGGAUAGGUUGUUUGGCAAAUAUCCACUGCUGCUGAUUGAAGUGUUGCAGCUCCUUCAUGUAAAUAUGCACUUUAAAUGCGCUAACCCCAAAAUAGCCCUUUUAAGUAUUUAAAUACCUUUUAAGAACACUUUAUUUUUAUGGCGUUUAAACUAAAGUUAAAUAAUAGUAUGAUUUAACUUACUAAAGUAAGAACACUGAAAAGUAGGGCAAAAACUACAUCUUCCACUCAGCCAAAAUUGUGAAGACUCUCCAAACAAAUGAGGAUAGAUAUCAUGUGCUGUAAUAUUUAGAACGGGAUGGAUGGAUGGAUUAAACAAAAUGAGGUUUUUUUGCUUUUGAGUUUCAGACCCUUAAAUUGAGAAUGCUGUGUCUUAAAAGCAACACUGCCAAGUAGUAUAGUUCCAGUCUUUGACCUGCUUUUAAGAUUUGCUAUGAAAUAUCAGUUGGAUUCAUAACUAUUAAAAAAAGACCACCGAAUGAGUUAGUGGACCUGAACUGCUCUUUUGUGCCCUCUACUGGCUUUGUAGCUGAAGUUAAUCACUUAUUGUAUUUCUGCUGCUCUUGAUGCUGGUGCACAAACUUAAGUAAUGAGAUGGAACUGUUAGUUUGUGCUCAUUAGAAAUACUAGCAUGGGGUCAAAAAUCCAUAUUGGACAAAUCAGUAGGAAGAGCUUAUGCGUCUUAUACAAAUUAAGUGUAAACAUCCCUUUAAAAUUUGGUAAAUUCUAGUGUUUAUAAAGGAAUGUAAUAUAAACAACUGAUCUGAUAGUCUAGGAUACUUUUUUGACAGAAGUCACACAAUCUAACUGCUUUGUCCAUCCAAACAGGUGCUAACUCCAAAAUCCAAAGGUGUUUCAGCAGCCUGCUCAAUCCAGAACGUUUCGGUUAAGCGAUAGUUAACACUACUUAACAUUUUGCUAAACUAAAAUUUGACAUUCUUUGCUUUUUAAAAAGAAACAGUGGUAUGUUGAUACAUACAUGUAAUAAAUGAAAUCUGAAGAGUUACAUGAAACUGUUUAACGCCUUGUACUUAUCUGUAUCUUUGUUGCAAGUGCUCUUUUAAAUAUUUAUUGAAAUCUUUUGACUUGA